AUGCUUUUUAUAUCCAACGCUAUUCUGGUAUCACUUUUAUUCAUCAGUGUGGGCUACGCACAACCCAUGACAAAAAAACAUCAAUUUAAAGUUGCAUUAAAGAAAGGUUAUUCCAACCUUUCCAGCAGUGGUAGUGGUACGGAUCAGCCACUAGUUUCUUUUCUAGCCAAACAAAAGCAAACCGCAUACAACCAUGGCAGUGGUUACUAUGGUGAGAUCAGUAUUGGUACACCAGCACAGAAAUUCAAUGUGAUUUUUGACACGGGAAGCUCGGAUGUGUGGGUUGUGUCAAAUAAAUGUAAAAGUGAUAUUUGUGAUAGUCAUCGUAAAUUCGACCAUCACCAAUCAAAUUCGUAUAAUUCAGAAAAGGACGAAGACGAUGAUGAGGAUACGCUUUCGGUGGACUAUGGUACGGGGUCCGUGCAAGGGCAUUUGGGAAAGGAUAAGGUGAGUUUAGCGGAUGGACAGAUUGUGAUUCAAGAGCAAGUAAUUGCGGAUGCAUAUACACUCUCACGCGACUUUAUCGGUUCACCGUUCCAUGGUAUAUUUGGUCUGGGACUUGCUGGACUGAGUAGUUCACAGCACGAUCCACCUUUUCUGUCGAUGAUUGAACAAAACCUGGUGGAGCAGCCAGUGUUUUCGAUAUAUUCGCAGCAUAAUGCGGGAGAGAUUGAUUUUGGCGGGAUUGACAAGGAUCGAUUUGAGGGAGAGAUAUCGUAUGUGGAUAAUAUCGAUUCGAGUUACUGGAUGAUGGCGAUUGAUUCGAUGGAAUUUGAAGAUCAAUCCUUUCAGGAUCGAAAGGCGAUUAUUGAUAGUGGGUCAACUUUAAUUAUUAUGAACAAGAACGAUGCUAGUUUAUAUCAUCAAUCGAUUCCGGGAGCGAUGAGUAAUGGAGAUGGAACGUGGUCGUUUCCUUGCAAGAAUGUGAAUACGUUGGGUCCAUUGACCAUUAAAUCUGGUGAGACCACCUUGACCAUACCCGCCGACAAGUUGUUCUUGACACCCAUGAGUGCAACCAGCAAAAACUGUCUAUCGGGCAUCUCGGAUCAAGAAAUGGAAACUGAGAAUAGUUGGAUUUUAGGUGAUGUGUUUUUAAAGAAUUUUUAUACAGUAUUUGAUGUGGGACAAAAUCGGUUAGGGUUUGCUAGAGCCAUUGAAGAUGACAGUAUGACAGAUCCAGCUUAUCAGAAUGUUUUACUGUGA